AUGGUCGAUCUGGAGAGCGAGGUGCCCCCUCUGCCUCCGCGGUACCGGUUCCGGGACCUGCUGCUGGGGGACCAGGGAUGGCAGAACGACGACAGGGUCCAAGUUGAAUUCUAUAUGAAUGAAAACACAUUCAAAGAGAGACUCAAGUUAUUUUUUAUUAAAAAUCAGCGAUCAAGUCUAAGAAUACGCCUGUUCAAUUUCUCUCUCAAAUUACUAAGCUGCUUGUUAUACAUCAUCCGAGUCCUGCUGGAAAGCCCCUCACAAGGAAAUGAAUGGUCUCAUAUCUUCUGGGUGAACAGAAGUCUACCCUUAUGGGGCCUACAGGUGUUAGUGGCCUUGAUAAGUCUAUUUGAAACCAUACUACUGGGUUAUCUCAGUUAUAAGGGAAACAUCUGGGAGCAGAUUUUGCGAAUACCCUUUAUCUUGGAAAUCAUUAAUGCAGUUCCCUUCGUUAUCUCAAUAUUCUGGCCCGACUUACGAAAUCUCUUUGUCCCAGUCUUUCUGAACUGCUGGCUGGCCAAACAUGCCUUGGAAAAUAUGAUUAACGAUCUGCACAGGGCCAUUCAGCGUACACAGUCUGCAAUGUUUAACCAGGUUCUGAUUUUGAUAUCUACACUGCUCUGCCUUAUCUUCACCUGCAUCUGCGGCAUCCAGCACCUUGAGCGGAUUGGGAAGAAGCUGAACCUCUUCGACUCGCUCUACUUCUGCAUCGUGACCUUUUCCACCGUGGGCUUCGGGGACGUCACCCCCGAGACCUGGUCCUCCAAGCUCUUCGUCGUGGCCAUGAUCUGCGUGGCCCUCGUGGUCCUCCCCAUACAGUUUGAGCAGCUGGCCUACUUGUGGAUGGAGAGACAGAAGUCGGGUGGGAACUACAGCCGGCACAGAGCUCAAACGGAAAAGCAUGUUGUCCUGUGUGUCAGCUCACUGAAGAUCGACUUGCUGAUGGACUUUCUAAACGAGUUCUACGCCCACCCAAGACUCCAGGAUUAUUACGUGGUGAUUCUCUGCCCCACGGAGAUGGACGUGCAAGUCCGGAGGGUGCUGCAGAUCCCCAUGUGGUCACAGAGAGUCAUCUACCUGCAAGGCUCCGCCCUGAAAGACCAGGAUCUGCUGAGAGCCAAGAUGGACGAUGCGGAGGCCUGCUUCAUCCUGAGCAGCCGCUGUGAGGUGGACAGAACGUCCUCUGACCACCAGACCAUCCUGAGAGCGUGGGCUGUCAAAGACUUUGCUCCCAACUGCCCUUUGUACGUCCAGAUAUUGAAGCCCGAGAACAAAUUCCACAUCAAAUUCGCCGAUCAUGUUGUUUGUGAAGAAGAGUUUAAAUACGCCAUGUUAGCUUUAAACUGUAUUUGCCCAGCAACAUCCACCCUUAUCACACUACUGGUUCAUACCUCUAGAGGGCAGGAGGGCCAGCAGUCCCCGGAGCAGUGGCAGAAGACGUACGGCCGGUGCUCGGGGAACGAGGUGUACCACAUCACGCUGGGGGACAGCGCCUUCUUCGCCGAGUACGCGGGGAAGAGCUUCACCUACGCCUCCUUCCACGCGCACAAGAAGUUCGGUGUCUGCUUGAUCGGCGUGAGGAGGGAGGAUAACAAAAACAUCCUGCUGAACCCAGGCCCCCGGUACAUCAUGAACGCCUCGGACAUCUGCUUUUACAUUAACAUCACCAAGGAGGAGAACUCCGCGUUCAAAAACCAAGACCAGCAGAAAAAGAGCAGCUUCUCGCGGUCCUUCUGUCCCGGACCCUCGAGGCUCCCCGUGCACAGCAUCAUCGCCAGCAUGGGCACGGUGGCUAUCGACUUGCAAGACACCAGCUGUCGGUCGGCCAGCGGCCCUACCCUGACUCUUCCUACGGAGGGAAUCAGAGAAGUCCGAAGACCCAGCAUCGCCCCCGUCCUAGAGGUGGCCGAUGCAUCGUCCCUUCAAACAUGUGACCUUCUCAGUGACCAAUCAGAAGACGAAACGACACCGGAUGACAAAAUGUCCUCAAACUUAGAGUACGCUAAAGGCUACCCCCCCUACUCUCCGUACAUCGGGAGUUCCCCCACGUUUUGCCAUCUCCUUCACGAAAAAGUGCCAUUUUGCUGCUUACGGCUAGACAAGAGUUGCCAGCAUAACUACUAUGAAGAUGCAAAAGCCUAUGGAUUCAAAAAUAAACUAAUUAUAGUUGCAGCUGAAACAGCUGGAAAUGGAUUGUAUAAUUUUAUUGUUCCUCUCAGGGCUUAUUAUAGACCAAAGAAAGAACUGAAUCCCAUUGUACUGCUGUUGGAUAAUCCCCUCGAUGACUUACUUCGGUGUGGGGUGACCUUCGCUGCCAACAUGGUGGUGGUGGACAAGGAGAGCACCAUGAGCGCCGAGGAGGACUACAUGGCCGACGCCAAGACCAUCGUCAACGUGCAGACCCUUUUCAGGCUGUUUUCCAGUCUCAGCAUCAUCACGGAGCUGACUCACCCGGCCAACAUGAGGUUCAUGCAGUUCCGAGCCAAAGACUGCUACUCCCUCGCCCUUUCCAAGCUGGAGAAGAAAGAACGAGAGAGAGGUUCGAACUUGGCCUUCAUGUUCCGACUGCCCUUUGCAGCUGGGCGGGUGUUCAGCAUCAGCAUGCUGGACACGCUUCUCUACCAGUCAUUUGUGAAGGAUUAUAUGAUUUCCAUCACCAGACUCCUGCUGGGAUUGGACACUAUCCCAGGAUCUGGCUUCCUUUGUUCUAUAAAGAUCACGGAGGAGGAUCUCUGGAUCCGGACGUACGCCCGGCUCUACCAGAAGCUGUGUUCCUCCAGCGGGGACGUCCCCAUCGGCAUCUACAGGACCGAGUCUCAGAAGCUCGCUACGUCUGAGUCUCAAAUAUCAAUCAGUGUGGAGGAAUGGGAAGAUACCAAAGACUGCAAGGAUCAAGGUCAUCUCCGAGGCAACCACCGCAACUCCACGUCCAGCGACCAGUCGGACCACCCCCUGCUGAGGAGAAAGAGCAUGCAGUGGGCCCGAAGGCUGAGCAGAAAAGGUCCCAGACACUCUGGUAAAACAGCUGAGAAAAUAACGCAGCAGCGACUGAACCUCUACAGGAGGUCAGAGAGACAAGAGCUUGCUGAACUUGUGAAAGAUAGAAUGAAACACUUGGGUCUUUCUACAGCGGGAUAUGAUGAAAUGAAUGACCACCAGAGCACCCUGUCAUACAUCCUGAUUAACCCAUCUCCGGACACCAGACUAGAGUUGAAUGACGUUGUGUAUUUAAUCCGACCAGAUCCACUGUCAUACCUCCCCAACAGCGAGCCCAGUCAAAACAGCAGCCUCUGCAAUGCCGCAGGUCAAGACUCUCGGGAGGAAACUCAGCUUUGA